CAACCGAACUUAUUGAAAACAUAUCCACAAAUCCAACUGAUGGUGAGGAAGCUAAGUUUGUUGCCGAGGUGGCGACAGAACCUAUAAAAACUGUAUCAACAAAGCCAACUGAUGAUGUGGGAAGUAACCUAGUUGAUGAUAAGCCAACAGAACUUACUGAAAAUGUGUCAACGAACUCAACUGAUAAUUCAAGAAUUGAACUUGUUGAUAAUGAAACUGCGCCAUCUAUUUAUAAUGCGGUUGUUAAUCCAAUCGAUAAGGUUGUAAGAAAAUCUACAGAAAUUGUAUCAACAAAGCGAACUGAUGGUAUGGAAACUGAGUUUGUUGAUAAGGCACCAAAAAAAUCCACGAAAAAUGUAUCAACAGAGCCAACUGAUAAUGCUGCAACUGAAGUAGUUGACAACGUGUCAACACAACCUACUGAUCAUGUUGAAAUUAAGCCCAUUGAUGAGCCGACGACGGAACCUACUCAAUAUGUAUCAAGGGAACCAACCGAUAAUUCGAGAAUUGAGCUUGUUGAUAAUGGAACUGCGCCAUCCAUUAAUGAUGUUAACAUCAAGCCAGUUAAUGAAGUUUCAACCGAACUUAUUGAAAACAUAUCCACAAAUCCAACUGAUAGUGAGGAAGCUAAGUUUGUUGCCGAGGCGGCGACAGAACCUAUAAAAACUGUAUCAACGAAGCCAACUGAUGAUGUGGGAACUCACCUAGUUGAUAAUAAGCCAACAGAACUUACUGAAAAUGUGUCAACGAACUCAACUGAUAAUUCAAGAAUUGAACUUGUUGAUAAUGAAACUGCGCCAUCCAUUCAUAAUGCGGUUGUUAAUCCAAUUGAUAACGUUGUACGAAAAUCUACAGAAACUGUAUCAACAAAGCCAACUGAUGGUAUGGAAACUGAGUUUGUUGAUGAGGCAAUAAAAAAAUCCACGAAAAAUGUAUCAACGAAGCUAACUGAUGGCGACGAAGAUAAGCCGGUUGAUGAGGCGGCGACAGAACCCAAAAAAAUCGUAUCAACGAAGCCAACUGAUCAUGUGGAAACUGAGUUUGUUGAUGAGGCACUACAAAAACUUACGAAAAAUGUAUCAACAAAGCCAACUGAUAAUGCGGCAACUGAAGUAGUUGACAACGUGUCAACAAAACCUACUGAUCAUGUUGAAAUUAAGCCCAUUGAUAAGCCAACGACGGAACCUACUCAAUAUGUAUCGAGGGAACCAACCAAUUAUUCGAGAAUUGAGCUUGUUGAUAAUGGAACUGCGCCGUCCAUUAAUGAUGUGAACACCAAGCCAGUUAAUGAAGCUUCAACUGAACUUAUAGAAAAUAUAUCCACAAAUUCAACUGGUGGUGAAGAAGGUGAGCCUGUUGACAAUUUGUUGACUGAAGCUACAAAAACUGUAUCAACGGAGCCAACUAAUGCUGUUGAAACUGAGCUAGUUAGUAAUAAGUCAACAGACCCUACUGAAAAUGUAUCAACAAAUGAAACAAAUAUUGCGGAAGCUAAGCCUGUUGACGAGGUAAUGCUGGAGCCUACAAAAAAUGUAUCAACAAAGGCAACUGACAAUGCGGCAACUGAAGUAGUUGAUAACCUGUCAACAGAACCUACUGAUCAUGUUGAAAUUAAGCCCAUUGAUAAGCCGACGACAGAACCUACUCAAUAUAUAUCAAGGAAACCGACCGAUAAUUCGAGAAUUGAACUUGCUGAUAAUGGAACUGUGCCAUCCAUUAAUGAUGUGAACGUCAAGCCAGUUAAGGAAGUUUCAACAGAACUUAUUGAAAAUAUAUCCACAAAUCCAACUGACGCUGAGGAAGCUAAGUUUGUUGCCGAGGCGGCGACUGAACCUACAAAAACUGUAUCAAAGAAGCCAACUGACGAUGUAAGAACUGUCCUAGUUGAUGAGAUCUCAACAGAACAUACUGAAAAUGUGUCAACGAACUCAACCGAUUAUUCAAUGAUUGAACCUGUUGAUAAUGAAACUGCGGGAUCCAUUCACGAUGUGAAUAUUAAGCCAGUUGAUGAAGUUUCAACAGAGCUUACUAAAAAUGUAUCUACGAAUUCAAGUGAUGAAGAGGAAGCUGAGCCUGUUGACGAGGUGACGCUGGAGCCUACAAAAAAUGUAUCAACAGAGGCAACUGAUGAUGUCUUAACUGACCUACUGGAUGAUAAGUCAACAGACCCUACUGAAAAUCUGUCAACGAACUCGUCUCAUAAUUCGGGAAUUGAGUUUCUUGAAAAUAGAACAAUGCCAUCUAUUGAUAACGUGGACAUUGAUUCAAUUGAUAAGGUUGGAACAGAGGCUACUAAAAAUGUAUUAACAGAGCCAACUGAUAUUGUGGAAACUGAAGUAGUUGAUAACGUGUCUACAGAACCUAGUGAUCAUGUUGAAAUUAAGCCCAUUAAUAGGCAGACGACGGGACCUACUCAAUAUGUAUCGACGGAGCCGACUGAUAAUUCGAGAAUUGAGCUUGUUGAUAAUGGAACUGCGCCAUCCAUUACUGAUGUGAACAUCAAGCCACUUAAUGAAGUUUCAACAGAAUUUACUGAAAAUGUAUCAACGAAGCUAACUGAUGGCGACGAAGAUAAGCCGGUUGAUGAGGCGGCUACAGAACCAAAAAAAAUCGUAUCAACGAAGCCAACUGAUCAUGUGGAAACUCAGUUUGUUGAUGAGGCCGCAAGAGAGACUACCGGAAUUUUUUCAACAGUGCCAAGUGAUGCUGUAACAGAGGACUUUGUUGAAAAUGGAACAGAAACAUUUGUUUAUGGUAUUCCAACGGAUUUUUUAAAUAAUAUCUCUUUGGAGCCUGGGAAUGACAUCUUAGGAAAACCUCUAGAUAAUGUAGAAAACGAAUCUAUAGAUUAUUUUUCAGAAAACAUUGAAGGAGUCAUAACACAGUCGGUAAAAGAAAAUGUAUCUGAGCACAACGACAGUGUAGAAAGUUCUUCCAUUGAAUCGGUAAUAUAUGCUGAAAUAAAAGAUGAAAAAAAAAACAUAACUCAAAACCCACAAUAUCAAUGGAAUGACAAUUCCAUUAAUCAAGAAACUAAUUUUUCUACUUGUAAAGUUGUUACCAAAGAGAAUAAACGCGCCUCAAGAAAGCUACCAACAGCGACCUCUAAAAAUAGGCUCGUUGUCUCAGCAUUACCGCUAGAGGAAACACAGUUUGAUAUUUGGGGGAAUCAAAGUGGCAUUUACGGGGUGUUGAAUCAAAGUGAUGGCGACGUCAACUACACAGUUGUGACAAAAGAUUUUAUCGAAAAGCAUUCACUGUGUGAAGAUCAGGACUCUAUGGGACAUCUAUGUGGAAAAAAGAAUGAAGAUACCUACACGGUUUCUCCCAGUACGAAAUCAGCGAAGCCGGAUACACAGAGAACAAACGUGUCGAACAACAUCCAGACAGCCAAAAUGGAAGAACAAAGUAUUUUAGACGAUUGUGAAAAGAACCGUUUAAAAGAAGCAUAUGAAGAGCUGCGUUCGAAACUGGAACAUCAAAGAGAAAAAAACUAUGGAACCCGAAAUUAUACUCAAAUGAACACACAUUAUAAAGAAAGCGAUACAGAAGAAAAAAAAAAUUCAGUUUUGUGCAACCAAGCAAAAUUAAAUUCAGAUGAAAUAACUAAAUCAACCACAACAAAUUGUUUAUGUUCCUCCUGCUUAAAGUCUAUUGGAACCACGGAUUGUAGUUUUGAUGAAGAUAAAUUGAUGUCUUAUCAAAAGAAUGAUCCAUAUAAGCAAACACAUUCAAAGAAUUGUUCAAUAAAUGAUUGCAAUAAAGAAUUAGAGUGUGAGAAUCAUAAUUUUGAGAAUAACAUUGUCAUUAAUGUAGAGCUCAAUAUAGACCUAUAAAAACAAAUACUCACUUAGUAGCAUCAUGCACUAAAAUCUGGUUUAAUA